AUGUGUCAGCCUGUCCUGGGAGUGCAGGUCCGAGAUGUUGGACUUCUGCCAGCUGCCGGCCCAGACUCCCUUCUCUCUACCACUUUUGAGGCUACUGUUGACACUACUGGCACAGCCUUCAAUCGAUGUAGGGCGGACAUUCCCGGGGCACGUCCGGUGCCUACCCCAUGUCGAGGCAACAUUGCUCCUGCCCUGGUUGCCAGAUGCGAGUGUUACAUCAUUGCUGAUGACAGCGAGUCUGAAGCUGAGGGGGAAGGCACAUCCGAUGUCACCACAUCUCUGCCAGAUGAGGGCACUGUUGGCGAACAGGCACCUGCUCUGCCCACUGAGAUCGAAUGGGAUGUCUUUGGACAAUUGCCAGCCGGCACUCACCAGCUGCCCCUCAGCUCACGCACACUUCUUUGGACUGCAGCUGCCCGUGACGAUUGCUACGCCUUUGCCCUUGCCAGUGCAACGCUCGAGGUAUUAUGUGAGGCUUUCCUGCCCACUCGCAAGCGCCUUGUUGAUGUGCCGGCCACUCCCUCUGGGAGCCAGGUCCCCGCCCCGGGUUUGCGCCGAGCUCUCACACUUGCCGACAAAAUUCCCUCCACCGUUGUGCAUGAGCAUCCUUUUCAGCAAAAUCUUUGGUCCACUGGUUUAGGGAUCUGCAAAGACAGUCUUGCCAAUGCCAUCCAGGUUGGCAACGUCCCGGUUCCCUUUACCUGGCAACAAUUUGUUCAGCUGUUUGGCCAAGGUGCUCCACUUGCUGACUUUGCCCAGGCUUCUGCUUUCUGUCCGGCUCUGCGUCAAUGGAGCCGACCUGGGCUCACUGCAGCUUUGUCUUCUGCCUGCCAGGCGUAUCCAGCUGAUGACAUUGUUUGCUUCACUGAUGGAUCCUAUACCGCUGUUGAGACCGGACCAGACCUGUGCGGCUGGGCCUGUGUCCUGUUUCAUUCUGGAUCCCAAACUGUACGUUUUCUGUACGGGUCCUUCCCCAACUUCCUCGCUGAAAAGGACUUUUGCCCUUCCUCAUUCCAGGGAGAAGUUGCGGGACAUCAGGGGCAUGUGGGUAAUGAGGUUGCUGAUGUUUUAGCCAAAGCCGCCGCCCGCAACGCCGGAGACUUCUCUCUACCACCAUGCCAGGCUGCUAACCUUGGCGACGACCAGCAUCACUCCGGCCUUACCUGUGCCGAUCUCCUUGAGCCAUUCAUGCCGCAAGGGGCCAUGCAGACGCCCGGGGCCUCUUGUGAAGGGGCCAUUGCCACUGAUGCAGAUGCGCCACCCAGUCUGCCGACAUUCUCUCUUACCCUGGCCACUUUCAACGCACUGUCUCUCGGGCCUUCCUCGGAGCAAGCUGGGAACCCCGAUGGGAUUGAAGGCUUAGCUUUUCGACCUGCCAGAGCCGUCAUGCUGGCUGCACAGCUCGCCGAUCACGGCAUCCAUGCUGUAUGCCUGCAGGAAACCAGGGCCGAAGCGGGCUUUUCGAGGGCUGGAGGUUUUCUGCGCUUUGCUAGUGGUGCUAGUCGCGGCCAAUGGGGCACGGAGUGGUGGUUUCAGGAGAACCACCCCCUCACAUCGCACUCCUCCGACUCCCCGGCUUUCAGGGAAAAACACUUCGCUGUUGUUUUCUCGGAUGCCCGACGGCUCUUUGCCCUGCUAAGCUGGUGGGAGCAGACGUCUAAGCUUGUCAAGCAGCUUGUUCGAGACGAAUGGGUGGUUUUUGCUGGCGACUGCAAUGCUGCUGUUGGGUCAAUCGGCUCGGACCAUAUCGGCCAACACGGGGCCGAGCAGGAGGCGGUGGCCUCGCUCGCAUUGACUACCUGUGUGUGCCUCGCUCCUGGCUACGAGGCAGCUGUCGGUCGUACCCUGUCCCAGGCGUCCAUGCUGCUCACAGUUGCCCAGACCACGUUGCAGUUGCUCUACAUGUGCAGUUUCCUCUCCAAGGGGCAUCGCCCACUCCGUUGCUUCGACCCCGGACCUUUUGUGCUGCAGAUGUGCUGGCACCAGCCAAUGCGGAUGCUCUCGAGAAAGCCCUCUCCGAGCUCCCAACUGUACCGUGGAAUGUCUCCGCUCAUGCACACGCAGCAAUUUUGGUUUCCUGUGUCCAGCGGCGACCACUUGGCAACUGCAGCAGCAAGUCGCAGCAGCACGCAGGUCUCUGCAUCGUUUAUACAACACCAGAUCCGAUGCCAAAGACUUGCUGUUUGCUUUGACACUUGGUGCGGUCGGCGUGAUGCUCCUGCGUCUGACAGCGGUGCCUCCUGGUGGCGACGGGCUGAUGUUGCCGUUGCAGCACAUCAGGCCGUGUUGGGCCAGUGGUGCUCAAGGCUUCGGCAGGCCUGCCGUAGUGACAGAGCUGCACACCUCAGCUCCCUUGCUGAUCGCAUUUCCACUGGGCCAUCGGACGAGGUCUUCCAGAACCUCCAUGCCCUUCUGUCGCACAAACGCAAGAAGCCGUAUCGGGCGGAGCCCCUGCCGGCCCUUCAACUCGAGGAUGGCACCUUGUGCGCGGAUGGUGACCAUAUUCUCGCCCGCUGGCGGCGCCAUUUUGGAGGACUCGAAGCUGGUGUAGAGCUCUCUGUCCCCACCUUGGUUGACCAAGUCAGUCGGGGCCUUUCUGAAGAUGCCGCUGAUUCUCCUGUUUGGCCGCCCCCAGACUCCCUGCUCGAUUUGCCGACCGAAGCUGACAUUCAGCGGCUUCUUGUGCAGGCAAAAGCCAACAAGGCUCCUGGGCCAGACGGGCUGCCAGCCGAGCUCGGCAAAAAAUUCUCGAAGCAGCUUGCACCUCACCUGCACAGGCUAGCUUUGAAGACAGCUCUACGAGGGUGUGAGCCUGCCGGAUUCAAGUCGGGCAAGGCUGUCUGGUUCUUUAAAGGGAAAGGUUCUAUGAGCGCUUGCAGCUCGUACAGAGCAAUCCUUCUCCUCCCUACUUGGAGUAAGAUCCUUCAUCAAUCGCUCCGCCCGCCUUUAAAGCAGCACUUCCAGACCCAAUCUCCUGAGCUACAGCUUGGUGGUAAAUCCGGCAUUAGCGUCGUCUUUGGAAGCCAUCUCAUCAGAGGAGCCGCGCGUUUUGCUGCCUCCCAAGGCCGCACGCACUUCACUCUAUUCACGGACAUCGCAUCUGCCUUUUACACCGUCAUACAGCAGCUUGUUGCUCGGCAUGGCGACCAACCAAUCGAUGAUCCCGCCUUCCAGCAGGCCACACGUGGCCUGCAGCUGUUACCAGAAGAGUCUGCGGCUCUGCGUCGGCACCUGCUUGCUCCCACAGCUAUGAGUGCUUCAGGAGCCUCCCCCUGGCUCGAAGCCUUGACCAGCCGCUACCAACGCGGAAACUUUUUUAUGUUGAAAGGGGAUGACAAGGUUGUUGCGACCUCAAGAGGUUCUAGGCCAGGCUCCAGCUGGGCGGAUCUAGUCUUUGCCGAGGUUGUGGCGAGGGUCCUCCAGCGCCGAGAUGCCCUUCGAGCUGCCGGCCACCCCUGCUCCGAGCCGGUUCGGCUGCCAUGGGAUGGUGAGCGCUCUCUAGCUCCUGUCACCUCCCCCACUGACGAGCUCACCCUUGACAAUGUCGUGUGGGCAGAUGAUGUUGCCCUUCCACGCCUGACCACUCCUGCUCAAGCUGCAUCUGCCCUUGCUUUUGAGACUAGCUGCCUGGUCGACUCCUUCAAGGAAUUCGGCUUCUCCCUUGCGUUUGGACCCCAUCAUAAGACAGCAGGAACAUUGCUGGGGCUGGCAGCCGAGCAGCCAAACGCCACAUUUUCGGCUCUAAUGGGCUCGCCGGAGCUGUGCCAGUUGUCUUUGAGAGUGGCAGUGUCCGCCUACCUUUGGUGCCUUCCUACAGGCACUUGGGCACUCAGCAAAGCCCAGGAGGAGGGCUGGCUUCAGAGAUCCGUUACCGGAUUGCACAAGCACGCUCACAUUUUAGCCGCGACUGUCUUGGCCAAACUCUUCCACGGAGCGGGGUCUUGGGGUCCCCUGAGCAAAGGGGAGCACCGCUUGCUUCAGGGUGCUCUGUGGUCUUUUUAUAGACCCCUCCUUGGGAUCAAACACUCCGAUGAUCAGCAUGUCGACAUCUUCUCGUGCCUGGCUAUCCUCGAACUUCCCAGCCUUGAUACCUGGCUCCGCUUCCACAGACUCACAUACUUUGGCCAAGUUGUAUCUUCAGCGCCCUCUGUGGUCUGGGCAAUUCUGAAAGCCGACCGCCCACAUGCCUCGUUACUCCAGGAGGACCUACGUUGGCUGCAUCAGUGGACUUGGAGCACUUCCGGCAUGCCCUGUCCAGCUCGACACUGGCCGGCUUGGCUUGCAUUUAUCGACGGCUCGCCUCGGAAAUUCAAGGGACUAGUCAAGAGAGCCAGAGCCUUGGAGGGGCGGCGUGUCCAGAUUGUUGCCGCACUCCAGUGCCUUCAUCGGUCCCUGACCUCUUCCUUUGGAAGCUUCCAGUGUGGAUCCUUGACUGAGUCCCCUGAGUGGCCGGAAGUCUGCAUUCCAUGUCGUCGCGCCUUUGCCAACCGUCGCGCAUGGGCCGGGCACUGUGCCCGCAAGCAUGGCUACCGCAACCACGCUUUUCUCUGUGCAAUUGACACGCUCUGCAGAGCAUGCGGCAAGCGGUUCUCUUCCGUCGGGCGCCUCAGGAGACACCUUACAGCCCAGCCCACUUGCAUUGCUGCGUGGGGCUCCUUUAUGCCCGAGGAGGCCAGACAUGCCCAACUUCAUGCUCAGGCUCCUCCCGAGUAUGUCCAAGGCCUCGCCUCUCUCGAGGCGGGUUGGAGCAUCCGGACCGACAUCUCUCCUGGGUUGUUGGAGGAACUUUCCUCUUUGGAGCCACCAGACGACACUUGUGCUUGGGAAACCGUUGCCAGCUAUGUCGAGCCGCUGGCAGUACUUCGGGCUACGGUCCAGGAAUGGUGCAAUGCCCAGGAUGCUACUCCAGAGCGGAUCGAUGUUGGCCGAAACAUGCUCCUGCUUCUGGAUGUUGACCUGUUGGCUGAUUCACGACAGCCUUUGUCUGCCCCCCACAGCCACGACACCGGGACCGUCCCUGCUUGGCCUUUGCCAGGAGCGGGCUCUCUUAUUUGUGGCUUUCCGCGCCAGGCCUUUGCACUUGCUCCACCACCCUCCCAACUACUUAGUCCGUGGCAUCCCACAAGCAUGAGGUUGCGAGAUGCUACAGGCCACGCUGUCUGGCUAGAGGACGCCUGUCUGGUCCUCGCCGGACUUGUAGAGACUUCACAGACGCGACCGUGCCAUGUACAGUGUGCCGGCAUCGAGGAAGCCUUAGGACCUGCUGCAGAGUGGCUACGUGCUGUAGGUUUUCAGGUCACCUCCGACGAAGUCUCUACCCCGAGGUGA